CGGAGUACUUAACACGAAAGUUAUUUUUUGUGAGUUCAAGAAGAAGGAAGUGCAUUACCAGGAGCUGACCAACUCUACAAAAGCGGUCAAUCAUGGCAAGAGCGUGGUUCACGUCGUGUCUCCUGCUGCCAGUUUUGCUUGUCGUAUGUGCUGCAAUCGUCCACGGCCAGACAACAAUACCGCCAAACAUUAUUUUCAUCCUGGCAGAUGAUCUGGGCUGGAAUGACCUCAGUUUCCAUGGCUCUGACCAAAUUCCGACGCCUAAUAUUGACGCCCUCGCGUACAACGGGAUCAUCUUGAACAGCCAUUACGUUUUGCCAGUAUGCACGCCAUCCAGGGCUGCACUUAUGACGGGGAAGUACCCUAUACGCACAGGAAUGCAAGGAGCGCCGCUGCUACCGGGGGAACCGCGAGGGCUGCCGGAGGGCAAGAUUCUGCCGCAGUACCUGAAGGAGCUGGGCUACGUGACCAGGGCCGUGGGCAAGUGGCACCUGGGCUUCCACAGGAAGGAGCUGACGCCCACGUUCCGCGGAUUCGACUCCCACCUCGGCUACUGGGGCGGUCACGUCGGCUACUACGACUUCAUAGAGCAAUACUUUGGUGAGGGUGGCGGCUACGACAUGCGAGAGAACAUGACGACUUCGUGGGAGUACUCUGGCCGCUACGUGACGGACGUGUUCACGGAGGAGGCGGAGAGGCUGAUAGCUGAACACGACACGCAGAGGCCGCUCUUCCUCUACGUGGCGCACCUCGCCUGCCACGCCGGCAUCGACGCCAAGUGGCUGGACGCCCCCCAGGAGGUCAUCAACAGAUUUGGAUACAUCUCGGAUCCCAACAGGCGCAUACUUGCAGGUGUGCUGUGGAAAAUGGACGAGUCUGUGGGACGCGUUGUGGCUGCUCUUGAAGAGCGUGGGAUGCUGAACAACUCCAUCAUAGUGUUCGCCUCGGACAACGGAGCUCCGACAACAGGUCACGAGCCCAACUGGAGUUCCAACUACCCUCUGAGAGGGUGGCCGCCAAAGAUAUGGCCACGAGAGCCUCAGUUAAGUUCCGAGCAGUGCGAGGGGAGGUCUGAGCCACCACAGCAGUCGUCUGGUCACGCUACGUCACUUCCUCUCUCAAGUUCUUGGGCUGCGAUGGAGCGCUCGCAAAACAUGCACACCACGUUGCUCCUAGCAUUCUCAUGCUUGCUGGCGACUUCCUCCUCUGCUGAUACGAAACCGCCCAACAUCAUUUUCAUACUCGCUGAUGAUAUGGGCUGGAAUGAUGUCAGUUUUCACGGUUCCAAUCAAAUUCGUACACCCAACAUCGACGCAUUGGCUUACCAUGGGAUCAUCUUGAACAACCAUUAUGUUCAACCAGUCUGCACACCCUCCAGAGCCGCCUUUAUGACGGGAAAGUACCCUAUACGCACAGGUGAGCAGGGUACUCCCAUGGACGAGCACGAGGGUCGCGGGUUAGCCAACGGCACGCUGCUGCCCGGCUACCUGAAGCAGCUCGGUUACGUCACCAGAGCCGUCGGCAAGUGGCACCUGGGCUUCCACGAGGUGGAGCUCACGCCCACCUACCGCGGGUUCGACUCCUUCCUGGGUCACUGGGGCGGCUCCAUCGGUUACUUUGACUUCAUCGUCCAGACUACACCCGACGGCAAGGAGCUGAACGGCUACAUCCUGUGGAAGAACCUGACGACGGCGUGGGAGCACGCCGGCCGCUACUCCACGGACGUCUACACGGAGGAGGCUGAGCGGCUCAUCCUGGAGCACAACACGGAGAAGCCUCUCUUCCUGUACCUGGCGCACCAGGCCUGCCACUCGGGGGACCCCGCUGCCCCCGUCGCAGCACCGCAAGAGACCAUCAACAAGUUCCUCUACAUAUCGGACCCCAACAGGCGCCUAUACGCAGGCGUGGUGUCCAAACUGGAUGAAUCGGUGGGCCGAGUGGUGGCUGCGCUGCAGAGCCGAGGAAUGUUGGAGAACUCCAUAAUCGUCUUCACACCGGACAACGGAGCGCCCACAAUGGGUAAAACCGCCAACUGGGGAUCCAACUACCCCUUCAGAGGCUUGAAAGCGACGCUGUGGGAAGGCGGUGUGCGAUCCCCGGCCCUGGUGUGGAGCCCGCUGUUGCAGAACACGCCCAGAGUGUCCCACCAGCUGAUGCACAUCACCGAUUGGCUGCCCACGUUCUACGCUGCUGCAGGAGGAAAUGUGUCGUCACUUCCGGAAGACCUGGACGGCGUCAACUUGUGGGACGCUCUCAUCACUAACGCUGAAUCUCCACGCACAGAGGUGCUGCUUAAUAUAGACGAGAAGGUCGGAAACGGUGCGAUCCGCAUCGGCGACUGGAAGCUCGUGAAAGGAGUCCAGAACAACGCCGCUGGUGCUGGCUACCUGGGCGCAAGUGGCGCGGAGAUAAACCGCUCCACGCCGGCCUACGGCCCUGAGCAGGUGUUGGCCAGCCCGGCCGGUCAGGCUGUGUCCAGUGUGCUGGGAGGGUCCACCUCUCCCGAGGACAUGCUGCGGCUGCGCACCCAGGCCACCGCGUCCUGCCCGGACCGUCCGCAAACGCCACUCUGUGAGCUUCUGAACACCUCUGACGUCUGCGUCUACAACAUCACCCAGGACCCCUGCGAGGCCGGAGACGUGGAGGUUCCAGAGGAAGUCCUCAGCAUGCUGCUCGAGAGGCUCGAGGAAUUCUGGCAGCAGUUGACGCCCCAGGAGGAGUCCAACAGCCACCCAGACAUAGCGGACCCUGCGCGCUGGAAUUACACCUGGGUGCCGUGGACCACGUGCAACGCUGACAGCUCCCACACCUUCUGCAAUGUCGUAGACUGAGAUCUAAGGAUGCUACAUGAUGCACUACAAACUAUUAUCAGGC